AUGUUAAGGCAUUCUACUCAAAAUGAGGCUAAAUUAAAACAACACGUUAGCCAAGCUCAAGAAAUUAUUAAAGAACUUAAAGAAGGAUAUGACAAAAAUUCAAAAAGUUUCAAUGAAAUUACUGAGGCAUAUCAAAAUGAACAAAUUGCACAUAAUAAAACAUUACAAGAACUAAAUGAAUUAAGGCUAGCACAAAAAAGUAUGUGCAGUAAUAUGACGAUGUGUGCAGCAGUAGAAAUUGUAAUAAAAAAUGGUAAAGUUACUGGUCUUAAUAUGAAAGAAAGUUUAGAUGCCACAAGAGAUGAUGCAAUGAUGCAAUUAAAUUUAAUGACUCGUAAAGUGGAUGAAUUAAGAAGAGAACUGACCGCAACAAAAGUAGAAACAACUAAAAGGAAUGAAGAAGUUGAAAAAGAAAGAAAAAACUCACAAGAACUUAUGCGAAAAAUUGAAUUAAUGAAGACUGAAAGUAUUAAUUUACAAAAUGAUAUUAAGUUAAAAGAUAAUGAAAUUGAAGAACUUAAGAAAAAGAUAGAGGAAGAAAAUUCUCAUCAAAAAAAAACUACAUCAAGUAAAGAACAAAAAAUACAAUUUAUGCUAAAAAAAAAAUAUCAAAAUCUUAGAAAUGAUAGAAAAUCAGAUAGACGACAAUUCAUUUCUAGUAUAAAUAGUGAUAAUGUAGAAACAGGUGAUAAUGCGUUACAAAAUAAUACAGAAGAAAUUGAUAAUCCACUUGCCCCUAAACAAAUUCAAAAACCAAAUAGAAGUUCUUUUACUCCAAUAAUUGAAAAAAGUAAUUCAUUAGCAAAUAUUCUAAAUGAUACAAAUAGUGGGUUAUUUUCUAAAUCAAGUAGUUCCUGUUUUAACCCAUUAAAUGCUUUAAGUAGUAAUACCUCUUCUAUAACUAGUUCUUCAACACAAAGCACUCCAUGUAAUUUAUUAUUACCUCAAACAGAUAGUAAGUCAAAAAUACUUAGAAGAAAGAAGUCUUCAUCAAAAUUACUAAGUAGUAAUUUAGAUUCAAUGAUUAGUGAUGUAAUAUUAAAUGAUAGGAAUAUAAGUGAUAUAGGGAUAAUAGAAGAUGGGAUUGUAAUUGUCUAUACUACAAAAGAAGGGAGUCGAGAAG